AUUCUUUAUUACAACAAACAUUAAAACGGAUCAAUGAGGAACAUACAAUUUCACCACGAGCAAAAAAUGCCAUGAUUGAUUCUUUAUGCAACAUGUUUAUGAGAAGUGCGUCAAAUUUGAAAUAUCUAAUCUUAAGUCCUUAUGUUAAUGUCAAUGACAAAGAUAUACCAAAAAGUAGGAUUUUUAUCGAUAAUGAACCGGGAUUGGCCAAUUUGCGAAAGCUUAAGCUUCGUUUUUUCGCGAACUUGUUAGAUCAGCACGAGCGAAGGGAGAAUUUAUAUGACCUUUUAAAAUUAUUACCAAAUGUUUGUAAUGGACUCGUUCACCUGGAUGUUAAUAGAAUAAAGGUUCCAAAUUGUAUGAUUGCGGAAAUAUUAACGGGAUUAAUCAAGUCACAACCAGAGUUAACUUAUUGUCGUUUUUAUAAGGUAUAUGGAGACAUGACUAAGUUGAUCGAUGCGUUACCUGUUCACAAAUUGAUGAGUUUGGUGUUGGAUGAUUUGAGCAUUUCUGGGUUUUCCUUGGCCUCUCUUUCACGAAGUACCAGAUUAGAAUCUUUAGUCUUUAGAAAAUGUC